AUGAAUCCGGAAGACGAACUAGCUGCACUAGUAAUUGACAAUGGUUCCGGAAUGUGUAAAGCUGGGUUUGCUGGGGACGAUGCGCCGAGGUCCGUCUUCCCGUCCCUUACUGGACGGCCUAGAUACGAGAUCGUGAUGACGGGGAUGGGAAAUAAGGACUGUUACGUAGGUGACGAGGCUCAGAGUAAGAGAGGCAUUCUCUGUCUCCGUUAUCCUAUUGAACAUGGCAUCGUUACCAACUGGGACGACAUGGAGAAAAUCUGGCACCAUACCUUCUAUAAUGAACUCCGAGUGGCACCAGAAGAACAUCCGGUCAUGCUCACAGAAGCCCCACAGAAUCCGAAGGCCAAUAGGGAGAAGAUGACACAAAUUAUGUUUGAGACCUUCAAUUCACCCGCAUUUUACGUCGGCAUACAAGCAGUUCUCUCCCUUUACGCGUCUGGUCGUACCACAGGAAUCGUGUUCGAUGCAGGCGAUGGUGUCUCUCAUGUAGUACCAAUAUACGAGGGCUACUCGCUGCCUCACGCAAUAAACAGGAUAGACCUUGCUGGGCGAGACUUAACGGCCUACCUUAAGAGGAUUCUGCAUGAACGAGGCUACAAUUUCAACACCACAGCUGAAUUAGAAGUGGUACGAGACAUGAAGGAGAAGCUAUGUUAUGUAGCUUUAGAUUUCGAGGCGGAGAUGAAUAUGGCAAGCACUUCGUCAAAUAUUGAAAAAUCCUAUGAACUUCCAGACGGAUCAGUAGUUACCAUUGGCAACGAGCGUUUCCGGUGCCCGGAGGUGCUUUUCCAACCAUCAAUGAAAGGGAUGGAAGCUGAGGGAAUCCACGAACUGGUCCACAAAUCGGUUAUGACAUCAGACAUAGACAUACGGAAAGACCUCUACAGUAACACUGUUUUGUCAGGGGGGACAACAAUGUUUGCUGGUAUCGCUGAUCGGAUGUCAAAGGAGCUUUCUGCAAUAGUACCCAAUAGCAUGAAGGUCAAGGUUAUUGCGCCACCAGAGCGGAAGUAUUCAGUCUGGAUUGGUGGAUCAAUCCUGGGAUCGUUAUCCACAUUCCAACAAAUGUGGAUCAGUAAAGAUGAAUACGACGAAUGUGGACCAUCUAUUGUACACCGGAAGUGUUUUUAA